CGCAUUUUAUUAUUAUCUACUUACACAAAUAGUGCAUAAUAAUCGUGUCAAUAAUAUGAAUUAAAUUAUUAUGAGGAUGUGAAGCCGUAAUAAAAAUUAUUGAAUGUAUUUGUAUGUGAAAAAUCAUUAUUUAUUGCUUUUUGAAGCAUGUAAUUCAGUUUUGUUUUCAGUCCUUUGAUAUUCCUCAUAAUUUACAGUACUGCGGUUAACUUUUCGUCGGCAUAAUAAACAAGAUGGCGACAAAAAUGUCUUCCAGUAAUUUUUAUUCCACUGGAAAGUAUGGCUCUGGGGCUGCUACCAGCAUCCCAACAACGAUGGAUGUUACACCGGACCUUCAUCUUAAAAUGUCCAAGAAAAUAGCACAGCUGACAAAGGUUAUAUAUGCACUGAACACCAAGAAUGAUGAGCAUGAAGCACUCGUUAAUCAACUCAAAAGCGCUCAUGAGAGUGAAUUGCAACAACUCAUGGCUGAAACAAAGACCAAGGUGGCAGUGUACAAAAGUAAAGUAAGUGGAGAAACGGAACUCAGAAAGCGUAUAGAAUCCCUUGAAGCAUGCAUCCUGGAGCACGAACGACAACGCAAGGAGGCUUUAGAACAGUUUACAGAUUACAAGAAUCAAGUCAUUCAAUCAGAAACCAAACUCAAAGCUGAACAAUCUCACAAACUGUUAAGUCUUUCCAAAGAGGUUUUAGAAGUUAAAAAAGAUUUUGAGGAGCGGUUGAAGUCAUUUGAAUCUAUGAAAGAUAGGUUUGAAAAAGACAAAGAAGCAUCAUUAGAGGAACUACGAAGAGCACAUGCUAAGAAAGUAGAUGAGUUAUUAAAAGCACAACUUCAGGAAAAAUCUGGAACUUUAAAUGAAAAGAAUCAAAUAGAAGAGAAUUAUUCAAAACAAAUAGCAGCACUCAAUUCCGAGUAUGAACGAUUAAAAGCUGAAAAAAAUAAUAUGGCUAAAGAUUAUGAACUGAAAAUUCAAAAAGCGCAGGCAUUUUAUGAAAAGGAAAUGGCAGUGAUGCGUGGACUGGAGGAAAAAGAACGAGCGAAGCAAUUAAAAGAGAAUGAAGCACUGUUAAAACGGCAGUUUGGUGAAAAAGAACACAGUUUAAAUUUGAAAAUUGAGGACGCAAAUUCUCAACUCUUGUGUGUAGAAGAAGAGCUUAGCAGUUAUAAAUCAAGGCUGAACGAUGCAGAGCUGGCUUUAAAACAGAAUACAGGAGAUUCUGAGUACAUGACGAAACAGUUAACCAAAUCCAAGGAAGAGCUUGCCAACGCUGUGACAAAACUAAAAGAAAUAGAGGUACAGUUGGCGGCAUCUAAAGAACGUUGCCAACAACAAGCUGCUGAUAUGGUGAAGAAAUCAAGUAUGAUAGGAUCAUUACAAGCAACCCAGAUGAGUAAUGAAGCAACUAUCGUAGAUCUUCAAACAGAAUUGGGCAAACUGAAUGACAAGUUAACAUGGCUGGAGAAGGAGAGGAAGAAUUUAGAGUCAAGUAAACACUCUCUCUCAGAACAACAGUCAGCACAAGUCAGGUCUUUAGAGAAGGCUCUUGAAGAUUUAUCGAUAGAGAAACAGACAAUGAAAGAACGCUAUGAAAAAGCCCUAGCGACAGCCGAGUCGGGCAGCAAGAAUAGCCUAGAAAAAGUAAAGAAAGAUUUUGAAAAUCAACUUGAAGAGCUCCAAAGAAAACACAAGGAUGAAGUCAACAAGAGAGAACAGGAAGCAGAACAGGAAUUAAAAAAGCUGAAAGAGGAGCUUGAAAGCAAAUUAGAAGAAACAGCUUCUCGUCUGACACAAGAGAGAGAUGCCAUGCUGGCGGAGUUCAAAACGACCAGGGCUACGCUUGAUGCUCAGCUGCAGGCAUCCGAGAAAGAAUGUCAACGAUUACAGGCUAUAGUGGACCAAGGCGAGCAAGGGUUAGGGUCAGCAAAUUCAGAGAUUGAUACACUCACUAAGGACAAUGUAAAGCUGAAAAGUGACCUGGAUGCUGCUAAAUCUCAACUGAAAAAUGCAAGAAACAAGUCUCAGCAGUUACAGACUGAACUUGACCGAUUAAGAAAAGUUCAUGAAAGCAAUUUAUUGAAAGCAAGAGAAGACUUGAAAAAACAGCUUGAUUCAAUGUCUGCAAAACUUGAUGAAAAAUGGACUGAUACCUUGAGGCGAGAAUGUGAGAAACUGAAAGGUGAGCUGAUAGAACAGCAUGAAGAGGACAAGAAAUCUGCCCUUAGUCAGCUGACCUUGAUGAAAGGUCAGGAAUUAGAAGCCAUGAAGGAGGCAUGGCAACAGAAGGUUAAUGACCUACUACAACAGAUAACUUCACUGAAGAAUAGUUUGAGCAAUAAGUCUGAGUGGGCACUGAAGGAGAUCAAUACACUGCAAACCAAAGCAGAUGCAGAGAUUAAAAGACUGGAAGCCAGAAACGAACAGGCUAAAAAGGAAUACAAAGAAGAGAUGGAGAGGUUGAAGAAGAUUUCAGAAGAAGAAAAACAACAAAUUGAGAAUGAUAAAUUGAUUAGCCUUAAGGCAAUUGAAGCUGAAUUUGAGCAAAGGGUUACAGAGAGGUUGAGCGCACAGGUGGAGGCUAGUCAAGCAGCAUUGAGUGAGGCAAAGAAGGAAGCAGAAAAUGACAAGCAGUCUGCAUUGCAUGCUAAGGAGGCUGAUCAUAAACAAACAACAGAGAAACUGAAGAUUGAACUGUCACAACGACACAUGUCGGAGAUCGAUCAGAUAUCAAAAGCACAUAAGCAGCAGAUAUCAGCAGCGAGGAUGGAACUCGAACGAGCUGUGGAAUUGAAACAGAUGCAAGAUAAGGAGAAUAAACUGCGUCUGCAAGAAAUGCAAGAUGAUAUCAAAUUCAGACAAACCCACAUUGAAAACAUGCACACCGAGGUGAUGGAACUGAAAAAUAACAUUGAAGAACUCACAAGGACUCUAGACUUCAAAGGCCAGGAGAUCCUCAAGGUUAAAAGUAAUGCUGAUGCCCAGCUCCGGAAGCAGGAACAACAACUUCAAAAGUCCCACCAGAAGGAAUUAGAUAACAUGGAGGCGGAGUAUUUGAGGGAAAAGCAAGGAAUGCUGACAGAAUUCAACCGAGCACAGGAACUCCUCAAAGAUAAGAUAUCAGCUCUUCAGAUUAAGCUUGCAGAAGCAGAAGAAAAAUACAACAGACGUGAUUCUAGGCCGGAAGACCUGGAAGAAAUAUUUAGGUUGAAGUACAAGCUAACAGAACAAGAGCAACUGAUGAGGAAAUUUGAGGAGGAGAAGCGGUACUUCCAAAUGGAAUUAGUGAAUCGUGAAACCAACUUCAAUAAAGUCUUCAACUCUAGUCCAAACGUUGGAGUAAUAAAUCCAUUGAUGAAAAAAAAGAAAGGCGAAAAAGCUCCAGACAGGUUUGUAAGCGCACCAAAUAUGGGCAUUAACGGAAUUAGUGGUAAUAACCAACGAUUGGUUCCACUUCCUGAUUCCCCAGUACAUGACGUAAAAUUAAAUCCAAAUCGGCCUCUUCAAGACCCAAGACAAAUACAGAUGCCACGCCCUCCAGGGAAAUCAAAGAAAUUUUUGAAUAUCUAGAAUAUAACUGAUGGGUACAUUAAUUAAAUGUACAGUACUGUGUUUGAUAAAGUAUUUUAAACUACUGUUUAUCCUAAAACCCCAAUAUGCAAAUUGUUUAUAUCAUUAAAAUUAUUUUGUAUAAAUGUGCAGAGUGAAUGAUGUUAUGUUACAUCAGAGAAUUUACUGGAUUAUGGUGCAUUUGGCCUUGUUCAAAAAUACUUUCAUAUAUAUUUUAAGUUGUCUGUACCAUAUGUACAUAUCCAAGUUUUAAAAUGUGCUAAUAGAUGACAAAAAUUUAAUAGAUUUACUAUAGACUUUGUGUGGAACAAAUAUACUUCGAAUAUCACACUUGAUAUGUGUUAAACACACGUAACUAUAUAAUAGCUCAAUGAAGCAAAGGUAGUUGAGGACGGUGCAGUGAAGUGCUGUAGAAGAUGUGCUUUAUUUUAAUAGAAAUGGUACUACAGGAAGUACUGUAAUACACUAAUUUUAACAUAUUUACACCUUGGUACAAGCUAUGGUAUAAAGAUGUUAAUAUUUGUAAAUAUUACCACUAUGUAUAUAAAAUGUUUAUAUUGUGAAUAUUUUAUCAAAAUGUUAGGAGUUUAUAUUAGAAGUUGAUUAUUUCUUAAUUUGACUUUUAUAUUAUUUAUUAUUUUUUCUUCCAAAGGUUAAAAUUAUAAGGUGUGCAUAAACAUAAUUAAAAUUUGGAAAAAUGUAGUAUUAUUUUAUUAUAAUAAACACCUUGAUAUCGCUAGAUAAAUGCCGCUACACAAAUGUCUAUACUACAGUAUUGAAGAUUUUUACUUCCAUCAUAAACUUCUUAUAUUAGCAAAAAAUUCAAUAAAAAGUGAAAUGCAAAAAUAAAAUCUGAAGAGUUUUUUGGGUUGUAUUAAUUUAUUAUUUCUUUUAAAUACUGUAAAACACUAUUAUGGAUGUUUUAAUAUACAUCAUAGCGCAUUAUCAUCAUAGGGAUGGGGAAGGCCAAUUUCCUCGACCAUAGCAUAGAGGGGGCGGUGCCAGGGCAGUCCAGAACACCUCAAUCUAAAAAAUCUAGGGAUUUA